CCGAUCUCCCACUUCUCCCUCUACCUCUGCUUUCAUCUCCACCUCCAAUUCCACCACCUUUACCUCCUCCCUUACUGUUCACACCAUACCGCGCGUCUUCCUCGUUUUUCCCUUUCCAAUGUAUACUCCACUUUGUGAGCCCAGUAGUAACUCUGGCCAUCCUUAUCGCCCACUCUCUCUUUCUCAAUAGCAUCUCUUCCUCGCCGUCAGUCACAUACUCGGAACUUAUGAGAGUGCUGGUUAUCGCUCUCUCGCUUCCACCUCCCUUUAUCCACGCUCUUUCUUCGUCUUCUCCUUCUUCCUCGAUUCUUCCUCUUCCUCGCUCGCUCGCUCGCUCGCGGGCGCAUUUAACCUCCCGUACGUUCCACCUCCUCACCUCCUCCCCUCUUUCCUCACGCUGCCAGACGUCUCGAUCUCCCUCUCUCUCUCGCGCGCGCGCACGCUGAGCAAGCGUCCUCCACCGUCCUUCCUACUAGACGGAGAGAGGGAGACCCAUUUCCCUCCCACUUGCGGCCACUCUUUCUCUCUCUCUUUCUCUCUCUCUCUCUCUCUCUCUUUUUCUCUCUUUCUAUCACACUCGAACACCGCCGGUGUAUACUCCCGCUGUCACCUGAUCGCGGGACACUUUUCGCGGGUGAGAUACCGCUCGGCCACCGAGUCACCGAGUCUAUCGCUGUUCGUUCUUCCUUCUACCUCUGUCUCUCCCUCUUCAUCUUCUUCUUCUACUUCUUCCUCUUAUUCUUCUUCUUCUUCUUCUUCUUCUUCUUCGACAACCUCCCUCCUUCUCCUCCCCCACCUCCUUCUUUGGCUCUUGCGCCUCUUCCACGCUCCUUCGCCUCUUACUUCCUCCUCGUGCGAUCUUACCGUGCACAAGAGUCGACUUUGCCGCGUGCGCCUGAAGCAGAGCUUGUGGUGGUAGCUUCCGACAGAAAGGAAGAAGAAAAAAGGAAUAAAGGAGGAGAAGAGAAAGAGGUCUCGACCGACGUCGGCCGACGCACAAGAGUGGUUGUCCCUCGCUCGUUCUCUCUCUCUCUCUCUCUCUCUCUCUCUUUCUCUCUCUCUUUCUCUAUCUCGAUCUCACUCCACUUACCAUCCUCUCUCUUCCUCCUUUCACGGAUCCGGAGGGGUGCGUUCGAAAGUCGAAAAGCCAGAGGAGGAAAGAGUGACACAUUCUGAGCGUGAACACGCGCCACGACGGAUUUACGGAAGAGAAGAAGAAAUCGGCAAGGAGAGGCAAUCAGGACACGGGAUUUCCUUCGGUGGAAUCUUCUUCUUCUUCUUCUUCUUCUUACGGUCGUAUCGACUGCAACCGAUUUCCUGAAUCGUCUCGACGAACGGAGUAAUCACUGGUGAAUAUCGUGAUCGGAAGUCGUUGCGAUCGCAGAAGGAAAAGUAAAAUCAAAGAGUGCCGUGAAUCUCCGUGACGACCGAACGAAUGCCGAAGUAACAUCGUCGGUUCUCUCGUCGAGAACGUCGUCGUACGAGAAGGCACGCAGACGAAAUCGCGCGCACGUGCGUUCUAGAUGCAUUAAUCGCACGAUGGCGACCGCGACGAUGGGUCUUCGCCGUAGGGUACCGGUGAACAAUUCACCGACGCCUUCCGGUCAUUCCUCCUCGAACGUUUCUGCAUCUAGCAAACGUUCCAGAUCAGAGAAUAACAAUAGUCCGUCUCAGGGGAACUUAAAUUCGGUGAAUGGUUCUCGAGAGGAGCCACCGACAAAGAAGUCACGUGGUACGACGACCAACUCUGGGAAGAAUAAUGGUUCCUCGACCUCGUCAGCCUCGAAUACUUCGGGAGUCGUUUCCCUGACGGAGACCAAUUCGUCGAGCAAGAGUCGUGGGAGCUCGCUUUCCAGAUCGAGCAAUCAAACGAAGAUAUCAUCCAGUAGUAAUAAUUCCAACAUCAAUGGCGAUCAUGCUUCGAACGUUCCAGCGAGCAGCUGGUCAACCACGUCGAACAUGUCGGACGUGCCGACUUACGCCUCGGUCGCGGGAUUAGGCAUGACGAACGGGCAAAGUAGCGGACUCUGUGCUUCCAACCUUGGCAUGACGACACCGAUACCACCGUACAUGUCGACGUCGAUGGCGACCUUCGUUGGGAACGCGACGAAUCUCGGUAAGAGUUCGUCGGUGUCUUAUCUCGAUAUAUCCAACAUGACCAGCGGUUCCUUGGGCUCCUCGAACGCCACGAACUCUCUGGCCUCUGGUUACGGCACCAAUAAAACCACCGGCACGAAUCUCGAUUCGAAUUCCUCCGGUGUAAAGACGAUGGCAUUUCCAGGUAUCUCGUCGGCGAACGUGAAUGCGAACGGUUACGGUUCGGCACAGCAAAAGGGACAAAACCAGACAACGGAUAGCGUGGCUCUACCGAAGAAGUUUCAGAACGAUGGCAUGUUCAAUGCCUAUCAGCCCUGGGUGAUAAAGACUUACGGUGACUUGGCGAAGACGAAAACGAUCACGAUCAAAAAGUAUGCGCGUAUUUUACGAACUCUGCGCGGGGAGGAAGUGAACAGUGCGGAGAACAGCAAGUUCAGAUUUUGGGUAAAGAGCAAGGGCUUCCAUAUCGGUCAACCGGAAGGAUACGAUGCGAAACCGGCGGAUAGGAUUGUGGGACGUCACGCGGUGACCAAUCCCGGAUUGGAUCCUCCUCUCUACGUGCCCACGCAGUUGCCACAUAACAAGGCUUUGAACGGUGCAGAGGGUACGGUACCACCUGGAAGGGUUUACAAAAAGGUCGCCAUUGUGGAAAAUUUCUUCGAUAUUAUUCACGCCGUUCAUGUUGACCUUGAGGGUCGUCCUGGGAAGCAUGCCGGUCAGAAGCGCACCUAUCGGACGAUCACAGAGACGUACGCCUUUCUUCCAAGAGAAGCUGUGACGCGAUUUCUUCUUGGAUGUACCGAGUGUCAACGACGACCAAGAACGCCCAGUCCGACUAAUCUAUCUAAUCAGUCAUCUCAUCCAACUGCUCUUUCCUCGACGACAACUUCCACGUCGACGUCUACAACGACGACAACGUCUACGUCGACGAGGUUGAGCCCGACGCCUGGUCUCGUAACGUCGAAUUCAUCGGCUCAAAGUAACAACGCUAACGGCACUGGCAAGUCAAGAGAUUCGACGGAAAAUAAAAAUCUUUACAACUAUAGACAUCAGAAACAUUCGAAGAACGGGGGUACUGUUAAUGUAACGGAGACGAAAAAUGAGAAGGAUAAAGAAGAGAAAUACAAUCCUUUGAGCAUAACGAAUCUAUUAAAGAAGGAACCAGCGAAUGGUGGAUUUCUAUCGAGCACGGAGAUUCUACCAGAAUCUCGAAGAACUCCAGAAUCUGAUCGGGCGAGUUCGAGGAGCUCGGCUUCGUCUAAGAGGAAAAGGAUGUUGCCGGAGGGUCGGACUCCAUCUCCUCAGCCGAGUCAACCGUUGCCAAGGCCCUGGAGCCCGGGAUUGGAUCCCAAGAACACGCCCAUCGACUACAGUCUUCCCAUCACUACCUCGUACCUAAAACAUCAGCAGAGGAUGGCCGAGAAGAAUAAGGCAUUAAAGGAGGCCGCGGAAGAACAACAACAGCAGCAGCAGCAACAGCAACAACAACAACAACAACAACAGCAACAGCAACAACAACAACAACAGAAGAUCACUUCAAUGGACAUAGACACCGAGAACGUCGAAGGCGAAAGAUUUUCACCUGCUGCAGGUCUCAUCGACACCAAUCUCAAUCUACUUGCCACCAUUCAACAUUUGCACUGCCAAGUGAUGCUCGCUCUAACCGAAAGACUCAGACCAUCGAUCGCCAUGCCAACUCCUCUCGUAUUACCCUCAGCUCACAUCAUAUCCGGCCCGAUGAUCACAGGUUCCGAGGUGUCCGUGCAAACCGGAGAGAACCAUUUGUGAAUUCCUAUUCUCGAGCCUAUCGAUCGAAUUGAUCUCUUUGAUCGAUUUGAAACUUUCAAGGGACAUAUCUCAGACUUUUUGUCCUUGUAUUCGCAUGUCUAAUACCAUGUAUUUUGACGAGGCUGUCCUUUCGAAUUUGUUAUUCAUAUCCAAUUUUUACUCUUCUCUUUAAACCUCCAUCGUUUUUCUUCGAUAGAUAAAUCACGGUUCAGAGUUUUUACUUUUCGAAAUAGAGAAAAGGAAGAGUAUCAUCCGUGUGAUCAAUUACUGAUAAUCGUUUUCAUAAUGGUUAAAAUGUUUUAGAAAAUCUUUCCGAGGAAAAACAAAUACUUGUCGACGAUACAUCGCUAAUGUUAGCUUGAAACGUGUCAGCCUCACACGUUCAUCGAGUCGAAUUAGAAUUGAUUGACUUCGAUCGAUAGGAAUCGAUAGGACGAACGGAAUAAUUCGUGGUUCUAUCCAAACGUAGGUCGUGCGACACGUAAUUCCACCGCUGAUACUAUCGUUUCAUGAUAUUCUAUUCGAUAUCAGUGGCUCCUAAAAUAGACGAUUGUUUUAGGAUAAGUCGAUGUCUUUCGAGCGGGGGUAGCCGAACAAGUCCCCGAUGAAUAUUCAAUCGCCCGUACGAAACUGACCUCGUCUAAUAUGCUCGUUCGUGAGUGACGAUCCUUUGUUUUCUCUUGCUACAGUCGUUAGUUCAUUUCUAAUAGAGUUUACAAUCGAGAUAUCUGUCUAACGAAUAUAUAAAAAUCGUUACCUUUACGGAAAUCGAGAAUUUUCUUUUCUUUCGUCCUUUAUUUUUUACUUUCUUUCCUUUUUUUCUUUCUUCGUCUUUAUCUCUUACUCUCUCUCUCUCUCUCUCUUUCUUUUUCUCUCUUUUUAAUUUAUCGGCAAUUUAAAGACUUUUUCCAAUUUUCUGGAUCGUCACGAAAGUACCUACAAGUAUUACAAGUUAUUAGAAGUUUUUACGUAUCGUCGAGAGAGCCUCAAAGUUCAUCCACUUUUUCGAAAAUUUUCUAAUCAUGUCGUCCGGCGACUUAAAUCUAAUCCAUGCGAUUCUUUUCCAAAACGACGGACGCCUUCACGAUAUUCGAUUAUUCUAAGCUAAAUCUCGCGUACUAUAUUAGUCGCGAAUCAAAUAUUAGAUCUUAAUUCUUCGUGUGAUCAUAGCUCUUGCGUCGUUAGAUUGUGAAUCGUGGCGAAGGUACCUAGGCCUUAUUAACGAUUAUGCUUGCGAAAAGAGUAAGUCUUUUUUAUUAGAAGUUCGAUAUUAGUUGUCAAGUAUCAACGAGAUAAACUGUCUCGAGAUAAGAAAAAUUAUAUAGAAUGUAAUCUUAUCGCAUUAGAUUCUAUUAUUUUGUACAUAAAAGAUUCUUGUAAAAUAGUACGUAGAUUGUUAAGACUCGAAAGCGUGAUUGUAUGAAAGAUCAUUGGUAAUAAAAAUCUAUAUAUGUAUAUAUAUAUAUAUAUAUAUAUAUAUAUAUAUAUAUAUAUAAAAUCAAUCCGCUAACGUUAUAUAUAUACAUAUAUAUUAUAUAUAUACAAAAAAUAUAUAUAUAUAUGUAUAAAUAUUAUCAUUACCAUUCUUAUUUUUCUUAUUACUAUUGCGACGAUGGUUAAUAUUUUAUGAAUCAUUAUUAAUGACUUCCUUAUAUACAUACAUACAUACACACAUAC